AUGCUCUUCGGAUCUUCUGCGCCCCAGAGUCACCACGAGGUACUUCAACAAUAUACCGCCCAAUAUGAUGCCCGGAUCAAAUCAGGCGAAUACGAGCCUUUUGUAUAUCCAUGGGGUACCUUCGGUGCAGCAGUAGUCAUCCUCUAUCUGCUCAUAGAUCACCGAGAUCGACCAUUUCUCCGCCGAUCCAGGUAUCUGGUAUGGGCUUUCAAUGUGGGCUUCUCCGCCUACUGCAUCAGAUACUGUCGUGCACGUAGUAUGGUAGCCGGCUUUGGCAUCGGCCUUGUUUCGGCAUGGUCUAUCCUUUGGACAGCUACGAUUCUCAUCGUCCAUGAUGCCCAGAUGGACUUCCGAAGAAUCGAGCGAACCGAUAGCGGAGUUGGCCAGACGAUAGCUCCUCAGCAAUAUCUCGAGCCGUUUGACGAAAGCUCGAACGGUCAUGCAAACGGUUCAGCGUCCCAAACUAAAGGACUUGCUAUUAAACGGCGGAGGUCUCGUUCGGGAUCUAACAAGUUUGGCACACGAUUAGCGCCAGCCCAGAGGAAGGGCGCUUUUGCCUGGCAGUCGUACCCAGUAGCGCCAUUCAUCGAGCGGCUGGACUGGGUCGCUGAUGUCUUCUGCAACUUCAGGGGCAUGGGCUGGAAUUGGCGCAUCUCCGGACUUGCACCUGCUCCAAAAUGGGUGCAGGAAGAGCUACGAAAUACCUCUGGAACCGAGGUCUCAGACAAGGACACACAUACCGGCAAAGACGGUACCCACAGAUAUCACACCAAGCACGAGGUUCUUCGCGCGAAUGUGAAAGCCUUCAUCAUCAACUACUUGAUUAUGGACCUUAUGAAGGUCUUCAUAGUGCAUGACCCGUACUUCUGGGGUCAACCACACCUACCGCCGCCGUCAUGGUAUCCCGCCGCUGUAAGAGCCUCACCACUUUUGUUGCGAGUGGUGCGCCUAGCGCUCACCCUCUUCGCCGUUAAGUCGUCCCUUCUGUGCCUUUUUACUCUGGCGCCGCUCUUCUUCGUCGGCGUUCUCGGGCCGAAGGUGAUUGGCGCUCGUGGCGAACCGUGGAUGUAUCCAGAUACCUGGGGCAGCUACCGGAAUGUCUUCGACAAAGGCUUGACUGGGUGGUGGGGCGGCUGGUGGCAUCAGACGUUCAGGUUCGCUUUUGAGUCACCUCCAAAGCGGAUCGUUACUGCUCUUGGGAUGAACCCGAAGUCUCUAGCUGCAAAGGGAUUACAGCUCUUCAUUGCGUUCGCGUUGUCUGGGUCUCUGCAUGCCUGCGGCAGCUUCACCAUGGCCGGUCAGACAUCGCCGCUGAGCGGACCAUUCUCGUUCUUCGUCCUGCAAGCCUGCGGAAUCAUCGGCCAGCUGCUUCUGACGGGCAUGCUACGAAAAACCGGCGUCACGCAGCGAAUGCCGAAGCGGGUGAGACAAGCUGCUAACUUCAUCUAUGUCCACCUGUGGUUCCUUUACAUAGCGCCGCUUCUUUGCGAUGACUUCGCGAAAGGUGGCAUCUGGAUGUACGAGCCCUUCCCGAUAAGUCUGCUGAGGGGGUUGGGUCUGGGCGGACCUGAGAACGGUUGGUGGUGUUGGGGUGGUGAGUGGCUUAGAUGGCAUACUGGGCAGCACUGGUGGCAGUCUGGAAUUUCUAUGUGA